GCACGAACGCGCACUACAACUACAUAGGAGUACUUGGAUUUGUCGGUGUUGUCCCAUCUAUCUUUGUGAGAUCGCUUCUCACACCGCAACUCUGUCCUCCAUCCCCGCAAUUUCUCUCUCCCUUUACCUCCAUAGUCCAUACCAUACCAAACCAGACCCUUUCAAACCCCAUCAUCAUCAUCAACAACAAACCCACUUCUUUCCAACUUCCUCUGAGAGAGAGAGAGAGACAGAGAGAGAGAGAGAGAAUGGAGAGUUCUGGAGAAUUGGUGGCAUUUCCGUUGUUAACGACGCCGAUCGAGUCCAACUACAGGGCUUGCACAAUCCCAUACAGGUUCCCGUCCGACAAUCCCAAGAAACCUACCCCAACUGAGCUCUCUUGGAUUGAUCUCUUCCUCAAUUCCAUCCCUUCUUUUCGUAAACGAGCAGAGAGCGAUGAAACAGUUCCUGAUGCUCAUAUUAAAGCUGAAAAAUUCGCUCAAAGGUACUCCGAACUCCUGGAGGAUUUUAAGAAAGAUCCUGAAAGUCAUGGUGGGCCACCUGAUUGCAUCCUUCUCUGCAGGCUCCGUGAGCAAGUUCUGAGAGAACUGGGGUUCAGAGACAUAUUCAAGAAAAUUAAGGAUGAAGAAAAUGAAAAGGCAAUAUCCUUAUUUGGGGAUGUAGUUCGACUUAAUGAUGCUAUUGACGAUGGAGCCAAGCGUGUGGAGAACUUGAUAAGGGGAAUAUUUGCGGGGAACAUAUUUGAUCUUGGUUCUGCAGAGCUUGCAGAGUUGUUCUCAAAGGAUGGAAUAUCCUUUUUGGCUAGUUGUCAGAAUCUUGUCCCUCGACCAUGGGUGAUUGAUGAUUUGGAUGCUUUUAUAUUGAAAUGGAGCAGAAAAUCCUGGAAAAAGGCUGUCAUUUUUGUUGACAAUUGUGGUGCAGAUAUUAUAUUGGGUAUAUUGCCAUUUGCACGAGAGUUGCUACGGCGUGGAACACAGGUGGUCUUGGCAGCUAAUGAUUUGCCUUCUAUCAAUGAUGUAACUUAUCCUGAACUAGUUGAGAUAAUAUCCAAGUUGAAGGAUGCAAAUGGGCAGCUUGCGGGAGUUGAUGCUUCCAACCUUUUGAUUGCCAAUUCCGGUAAUGAUUUGCCGGUUAUUGAUCUCACAAGCAUAUCACAAGAACUUGCCUACCUAGCAAGUGAUGCAGACUUGGUCAUUUUGGAAGGAAUGGGCCGUGGAAUUGAGACAAAUCUUUAUGCUCAAUUCAAAUGUGAUUCCCUUAAGAUUGGGAUGGUGAAGCACCCAGAGGUUGCCCAGUUCCUUGGUGGGAGGCUAUACGACUGUGUUUUCAAGUUCAAUGAAGUCUUGAGUUAAUUCUUUAUCCUUGUCAGCAUAUGGACCUAAUUACUUAACAACUUUCGGGCCAACCACGUAGCACGAGAUUUUAGGUUCUGGAAAUGAUUUGCAAUCUGCCGAAUUCGCAUAUUUUCCUUAGGUAUUGAAUCGAAUAUGGGAAUGUUAUCCUGUCACCAGUUUACGCACAGUUUAUGCAUUGAGAUAUCCUGUCACCAGUUUAUGCGCAGUUUAUGCGUUGAGAGAAAGAUAGGGCAAAUUAAUACAAGAGUAGAUUGUUUGUUCCUAUGCGGAGCAAGACCUUUUGCAGUUGUGUUGGUUGUUUAAUGUUUUCAAUGAUCCCGAGAUUACUUUUA